AUGGAAAUCCCCGUGCUCAACAGAUUAAGCGAUUUUGAAGCUGGAAUGACUUCUUUACAGAGCCCAACUUUUCUUUCACAGAUUGUAUCGUUUUCAGGGAUUGAGGAUCUCCUUCAAGAUUACAGUUUUUGGAAAUGGGGAGCGUUGAUUCUCGCUCUGUUAGCCUCUUUUACUACUUUGGUCAAUAGAAUCAGAAUUCUUAUCAUCAGAUUUAGAUUCCAGGCAAACCAAUCACUACCCACAAAACCCCUAAUUGAGGAAGAUGACUUUGACAGCGAAUCUGAUUCUUCUUGCUCGUCCUCUGAUGAUGAAGAAGAAGAGCCGGCAGCAUCGCCGUCUUCUCCCAGAUGGCGACCCACUGAAUAUCAAGAUUUCCGCGUCAGCGGUUCUGCUCAUUACAUCGACGAUCGGUUGAGAAACAGUGACUUGAAGCUUCGGAGACCCCGCAGCAGCCGUAGCUUAGGAGAUUUGUUUUCACUGUCUGAAUUAGCGAACAGUAAGAGCGUAGUGAAGCUUUGGGACAAUUUGAGUAAUUUGGGAUUGGGGUUAGAUCUCAAUCGCAACUCGUCUGGAAACGAAAUCGACACUGCAGGGUUGGGUAUUGCCUCGAUGUUUGGUUGGAACAGCAAGAUUCAAGCUUUUCCGGCAUCCUCGCCGCCGGCGGUAGUUGUUUCCGCCUCGACUAGCAAAUCCAGAAAUGUGGAAUUGAAGGUCUGGGACACUCGCGCCGCAUUUCAGUUGCCGGCGAUGAUCGCAGAGUGGAGACCGACUUUGGGAAAGAUUGUGGGGGUCUACACCGGCGGCGUGGAGAAGGUUUACGUCAGAGAUGACGUCGUCGGAGAUUUAACGGUUGGUGACUUACGCAAAGUGAGCACGCCGUUAGGGAACUUGACGGAAUCUGACGUGGUUGGAUGA